CGCUCCUCCAGGCUCCCCAGUGGCCCUAGUGUCUGUUAGGUUCAACUGGGUGGGCAGUGCACCCAUCUAUAACUAUGUUUUUGUUUCACUGCUGCGGGACCUUCCCCCACCUCAAUUUCCUUUUCCUGGUCUUCUGCUUCACCUCCGGCCUGUCCAUCCUGGAGCAGGAGUCCGGGCCCAAAGGGGGGUGCAACCCUUGCUUGCGGAUUACCACUGAUGGCUGGAAGACCACUCAGAUGUUGGUCUAUCAUAGCUCAUACAGCUGCAAUGGCACCAGCUCAACCUGCCGCCAUGCUAACACCACUUACCGGGUGUGUACAGAGGCUGGCUCCAUAGUCUGCCACACCCCAGGCAGGCGGGCCAAGUGGCAGCUCCAGUUGUAUGGGCCAAAUUUUGGGAUGGGAGCUACCGCCUGUAGCCGACUCCUGAGGUAUACCACCGUGCCCGCCCAUAGCCAGGACAAGCCUUUGACCCUUUGCUUCGACACCUGUCAUGCCACAGACCAGACCCCGCCGGGGUAUAUUGUGGGGGGGUAGAAUGGGAACGGACCUACCGCACAGCCAGGUCCUAUGUAGGCUUCCUCAGGACUACUCUGAAUAGGGCCCCCGCUCGAUCUGGAAGGUGGGACACGAAUCGCCAGGGGUGGGUGAAUGCCUUGGGAGGCAAGAUUACCCACGGCCAGAUGAAACCAGACUGCAGACACCACUGCUGCACCUCCCCCUCUGCCUCAGGAUCACUCCUAAACAGGCCAAGAGUUCCUGGGUGCCAGUAGGAGAAGGAAAUUAUGAGGCUGAGGUUAGCAUGGGAAUCCAUGUCCCUGGGGCCAGGGAUCCAACCGGCCGAGUCCGGUUCCUGAUGAAAGGGGACUGGGAGAAGCCCACUGAACACCUUGUCCACACUACGUUCUGGAAGGAAAUGGGCACGGUCAUGGAAGUGCCAGCUGUUACCAAGAACCUGUUUGUGGACUUAGCAGAGCGAGUAUCCCUAAGCUUGAGUGUGACCAACUGCUACGUCUGUGCAGGCACUAAGAUGGGCGAACAGUGGCCCUGGGAGGCGCGGGAGGUGGAUUAUGUCAAAAUAAGCAGAAGCCCAAAUCUAACUUGGACAGAUCAUCAGCAUCCCACCCGGUGGGUCCUCCAGAAUUCCAUCAUAGGGUCCAGAUGUUUUAUUCGCCCGGCUGGGCAGAAAUAUAACAUCUCCAUGGGGGCCCCGGCCUGUGAGGCAGGGAUGGUCUGCAACACCACUAGGAAGUGGAUGGACUUCAAUCAUGCAGGCUCUAAGAUUCCCCCCAACCCUUAUAAUCAGUCUACCCAGAAGAGUCUAUAUAAUCUCUGGGAGGACCCCUGCGGGACCUCCAGCUCUUGGGAGGCUCCAGACCACCAGUACUGGAUUUGUGGGACAGCUGCCUAUGUCAGUUUGCCUCCAACUUGGGCAGGAAGCUGCGUGCUGGGGACAAUCAAACCCAGCUUUUUCCUCCUUCCCAUAAGGGCAGGCGAACGACUAGGGGUCCCAGUCUAUGAGAGCCGAGGGUGGACCAAGCAGAGUCUUGGGUCACCUCUGAGAAUAGGAAAUUGGAAGGACAAUGAAUGGCCCCCAGAGCGGAUAAUACAGUAUUAUGGGCCCGCCACUUGGGCUCAGGAUGGCACUUAUGGAUACAGGACUCCUAUAUACAUGCUCAAUCGCAUUAUCAGGCUACAAGCAGUGUUAGAGAUUUUCACAAAUGAGACUUCCCUGGCUCUCAGCCUCCUAGCCAAAACUAACACCCAGCUCUGCACGGCAGUGUACCAGAACCGCCUAGCACUUGACUAUCUGCUAGCAAUGGAGGGUGGUGUGUGUGGCAAAUUCAAUCUCUCCAACUGCUGUUUCCAGAUCAAUGACCAAGGGAAAGCCAUAGAGGAGAUCACUGGCCGUAUGUGCAAACUAGCACAUGUUCCUGCCCAGACCUGGCAAGGCCUAGACACCCCUGAUUGGUUUGGGAGUUGAUUUGAGUACUUGGGAGGUUUGAAAACAAUGGUGGGGGGAAUUCUGAUAUUGUUGCUGGGCUGUAUGUUGGUACCUUGUAUAUUACCCUUGCUUCUCUCCUCGGGGUGACGGGCCCUUGAGACAAUGGUAGAAUGAAAGAGAGCUGUUCACCUCCUGCCUUUGUACCAAGCACUGUCCAGAAAGGACAAUGAGUAGUGAGUGGGGGAAUGAGGCAGACUCAGGUUUGUGAUCAAACCCGAUGGUCAAGAAAUGGUUAAAGGGUCUGCAAACUGCUUAAUUGCGACUUACCAAAAGCAAUAAUUCUCGCUGACAUGGCAGGAAUGCAGGCAAGGGGCCCUGGUUUGGUAUCUGUAGAUAACAAGGCGUGCAGGCUAGCAUCUUCAAGGCCACAUCUGGGAGAGAAAAUAGCUUGGCUGUAUGGAGGGAGGAGGAGGAAUGCUUAAUUAUAGUUAGAGGAAUAUUGUCUGAUUGUAAUAAUUGUAAAAUGACGAUUAAGUGAUGCUAACCAAUGAGGAUUGUAUCCACUGUUUGUAAAUUAAUGUGAGUAUAAAAGCUGAAGUCAUGAUGUAAUCUGCAUCUCAGGCUUUGGAAUCUAUUCCAUUGAGAUCAAUUGCUGGCAAUAAAUUCUGCUUUCUCUCAA